AUGACAAUAUUGAUGAUGAUAGGGACCAUCACCGAGAACAACAUUACCCCACUUCACAUCGCGGCCAAAUGGGGUCGCACAGAAAUGGUUCAGCUACUUUUGGCCGCCUCUGCUCUGGUCGAUUGUCGCACUCGAGAUGGACUGACUCCGUUGCAUUGUGCCGCGCGGUCCGGUCAUGCCGAACUGGUCUCGUUGCUUAUCGAUGCCGGGGCGAAUCCGAGCGCCAAAACUCGAAAUGGUCUCACACCAUUGCAUAUGGCCGCUCAGGGUAAUCAUGAGGAUGUCGCUCGGGUGCUGAUCAUGCGCGGAGCCAGUGUAGAAGACAAAACAGGGGAUUUGCUCAGCCCAUUGCAUGUGGCCGCUCACUGUGGAAAUCGGGAGGUUGCACGUAUUCUGCUCGAACAUCAGUGUGAUGUGAAUGCCCGUGCAUUGGUGAGUUGUUUUAACGAAACAGACGUGUGUUUGUAUUUCUACUGUUGUAUAGUUGUUGUUUCCGUCUGUGUAUUCAGCCAAGUGGUGUUGGAAACAUUUCAGUUCCCCAAAUCACUGAUGGGACAAACUUACGGAUAA